UGUUGUCCAUGAUCCAAGUUUGUCGUAUUAAUAUAUUAUCAGGAUCAAGAAUUUUCUUUGAAAGAAUUUUGUAAUUUCUUCAUAAAUUUUAACUCUACAUGUUUACUGUACUUCGCCUUUAUCUUGUAAUAACUGGUCUGUGUCGUUAAAUAUACAAAAUGACAUUAACAGUCGACAAGCUAUUUAAUAAACAAAGGUUUACGGGCGAUAAUCUAUUGCAGUUUCUCUUCUAUUUACCUUUGGGGCUACUUUUAAUGACUUUAAGAAUUAUUUUGGGAUUAAUAUUAUGGAUUGCUGCAAUUAUUCUCCCUGAUAAAUCCGGUGUUCGUCAAAUGUUGUCCACACUCGCUUGCUGGACGUUUGGUGUGUAUGUCAAAUUGAAAGGCAAUAGAGAUCUGCGCUGCAGUGUGAUGGUGGCUAAUUAUGUGUCUUGUUUGGAUUCUCUUGCGGCUUCACAUGUUCUUGGAACUAUUAGCCUAAGAAAAUGGAAAGUGCCGCCAUUUUUUGCCUCAACUCUCGGUAUACGAAAUGCAUCACAAUUUAUAAGAAAGCAACACUUUGCUGAAAGUCCGAGCAAACCCAUCUUGCUGCAGCCGGAAGGAGCUCCCACUAAUGGCAGGGCCCUGCUUAAGUUCACCGACUGGCCCUUCCCCAUCGGCAACAGGGUGCAACCAAUUGCCAUAAAUGUGGAACGUCCUAUGAGUGCUGUGUGUGUGCGGGGUGGGGGUGGACUGGCUCGUCAGCUGUGUGAGGAUGCGCUGUGGUACCUCACUGCCCCCGCCACUGUGUACACGCUGAGAGCACUGCCGCCGCUGGAGAGAGGAUCUGAUGAUGAUGCUGCCUUCUCCAAGCGCAUCGCACAGACAUUAGCUGAUGCUCUACAGAUCCCGGCUACAGAGUACCGGUGGGAGGAUUUGCCGGGGGAGCGCACUGUGGGGGGUGGUGGGAGUGUUGGGGGUGGUCGGGGCUCCAGUGGGGCGGAGUCCCUGAGCCGGAUGGCCCGCAAAGUGCGAGAGGUGCUCCCUGCUGUACCCGAGCGAGAUGUGUUGCGAGACCUCGCUAAAACACAUAGCGUGGAUGUGACCAUAACCAACUUCCUGGAGGGCAUAACUCCGUACACGCCGGAGGUGAGGCCCCCAACAGCGCAGGCGCAGGCCCCGCCCCCGGCGGAGCCCCGCCCCGGGCCUUCGCGGGACCCGCCCAAGUACGUCAUCCCCGCGCCCACAGGAGUCUUCCCGAAGACUGCGAAGGAGAGACAGCUCAGCUUCCAGGAGAGGAAGGAGCAGAUGAUAGCAGAGGCCAGGAAGAAAUACAUCGAGAAACAUGGAAUUGAUGUCGCGAUAAAUUGUUGAACAAUUCGCUUGUAAUUUUACGAUAAAUAAUGUUUG